AUGAGAUUCUUAAGAUACCCGGCUACAUCAGCCCGCACCAUCCGCACCUCAACAAUUCAUCGCAGGGCAUUCACAGCAACCCAUAACCCGUCCCAAGCCCACUCCCAGGCUCAAGCCGAAGCUCCAUCUCACUCAAACAACUCCUCAUCUCAAGCGCCGCUACAAGGCCAACAUACUCUUGACUCUCCAGAGCAACAGACUUCAUCGUCUCACCAGCACCACAACCCGCUCAAGUCCGCAAAGGAGCACAUCCAGAAGCCCAUCAUGUCCCAAAAACUCAUUCCUACAAAUCCGGCGGACGUCAUGGUCAUCCGCGACGUCACCCCCAACAUCACAACCUUCUCCGUCCCCUUUUCGCGCUUCGGCAUGAUCAAGAUCGGCGGCCGCGGAACGCUCGUCAGGCUUUCCUCGGGUGCUCUGGCCGUCUUCAGCCCCGUGGCACUGACAGACGACGUCAAGGCCAAGAUCGCCGAGAAGGGCGGCAAUCUGGCGUACAUUGUCGCGCCGGACAUUGAGCACCACAUCUUCAUUUCAGAAUACAAGGCCGCGUUCCCCGCCGCCAAGAUCAUCGGCCCCGACGGUCUGCCGCAGAAGAGGGCGAAGCAGACCGGCGACCCAAAAAUCAACCCCAACGACGAGUUCUUCGUCACCUUCAAGGACGGCCCGCAGAAGCGCGAGACCACCAUCACGCCCGAAUUUGACGCCGACUUCGAGUAUGAGUACGUCGACUCCCACGCCAACAAGGAGCUCGUCUUCUUCUACAAGCCCGACCGCGUCCUCAUCCAGGCCGAUUUGCUCUUCAACCUACCCCCGCGCGAGCAGUACUCCAAGGCCCCCGAGGCCGACCGAGACACCUCCGCCGGGUUCGGCAACAAGCUCUUCGGCGGCCUGCAGACGACCGAGGGCGACGUGAAGUGGGUGAAGCGGUUCCAGUGGUACGUCAUGAGCGGCCGCGACAGGCCGAGCUUCAACGAGAGCAUCCAGCGUAUCGACAAGUGGGACUUUGACACCAUCAUUCCCUGCCACGGCGACACCAUCCAGGGUGACGGCAAGGAGAGGUUCAGAAAGGUGUUUGAGUGGCACUUGGUCGGCCACAAGCAGUAG